CGGGCGCAGCUGGGGUUAACAGCGGGCUAGAGGAGGGGGUGCGUGUCCCUGGCCGAGGACUGCCGGACCGUCCCCUUUCUGAAGGAGGCUGCAGCGCUGCUUGCGGUUGAUUCCUUCCCUCCCGGCUCGGGGAGGCGGUGUGCGGGCUGGAGGCCGCAGAUGCGCAUGGGAAGAGGCAAGGCUGAGGGGGAAGUUUGGCUCGCUGGCAGGGAAAACAUCGCUGCACUGCUGCUGCGCGUAGGGCCCGGGUAGAAGUAACCAGACACUGCUUUUCCAGCAGGCAUUCCUGCUGCCUUUCCUUUCAAGGACCACCCUGAGCCAUGUCCAACGACCCACCACCGCCUUACCCGGGAGGGCCCUCGGCACCGCUGAUCGAGGAGAAGCACGGCCCCCCUCCCGCCACAGAUGGUGUUGCCCCUGUCGUGGGGCAGCCUCAGGGGGUUCCCAUUCCCCCUCCUGAAUUUGGGCCACCCCCAUAUGAGCCGCCCUCACAGCCAGGAUUUGUGCCCCCACACAUGCCCACAGACAGCUCUGCCCCCUAUGUGCCACCUGCAGGUUAUUACCCACCUCCAGGCCCUCAUCCCCCCAUGGGCUACUACCCUCCCCCAGGCCACUACCCCCCUCCCAGCGGCCACACGGCAACUGUGCUUGUCCCAUCUGGCGCUGCCACCACAGUGACAGUGCUGCAGGGAGAGAUCUUCCAGGGUGCCCCUGUGCAGACGGUGUGUCCCCACUGCCAGCAAGCCAUCACCACCAAGAUCACCUACGAGAUUGGGCUCAUGAGCUUCCUUCUUGGCUUCUUCUGCUGCUUCGUGGGGUGUGAUCUGUGCUGCUGCUUGAUCCCCUGCCUGUUUGAUGACUUCAAGGACGUGACACACACAUGUCCCAACUGCAAGGCCUACAUCUACACCUACAAGCGCAUGUGCUAACGGCACCCCGGGAGCCCGCGCUACUGCCAUGACGUCAGCCUCUCUCCUGCUGCCGUGCCCAUCUGUCUGCGCCUGCAACACCCCUUUGCUUACCCUCCAGUGCUGUCCGUCUGUCCGUGUCCCUGGCUCCUGCCUGCUCAGAGCUGUGACCACCUGCCCCCGGCUCUGGUCCUCACUGUGAAUGGUUUGAUUGGUGACAUUGGUGCAGGUACACAGGGGAGGUGGGGGCCAUGCCUCCAGAUACUGUAUGUGGGGCUGCCCCCCACAGGAGCUAGGGGAGGGACAGACCCUCUGCACCCCAGUAUUCCCCAGGCCCCUCUCACCUAGAGCAGCAGAGGUACCUCUCUGCAGGAGUUGCUGCAUGCUGGGGUGGGGCAUCUGUCAUCCAGGCGGGGAAGAGGGCAUGAAGCAGCCCACAGAGCAAGCAGCACAGUUCCCUGUACCACUUUUAGGAAGGGGUUGGGUGGUGGCUCGGACAGAGUAGUACCACAUAUGCCAGGUGUCUGUGUGGCUCACAGCCCUCUCCAGCCUGCAGGCGAAGCCCCUUCCUGAGGAGUGUCAGGCAGAGCAGUCUUCGAGGCACAGUGAGGGCACCAGCAGCAACGCUGCACCCUUGAUCAGCACCUCCGUCCUGCCCAAGCAGUCCUGGAUGCUCCAGCUGCAUGCACCUUCUCCCAGCCUCUGCUGUGGCUCUUUGCAGGAGGGAAGGCCCCUGGCAUUUCCUCACCUGCCUGGCAAACUGUUAGCAGAAAUGCCCCUGACAUGCAGCUGCCUGCCUGGUGCUGUAGAGUAGAGGGGUUUGUUACCAGGCACAGACAGCUCUCAGCUCUGGAACAAACCCAUGCCCACCUGCUGCAGAGCCACAGCCUGAGCCUGGCAGGGUCUGUGGGCACCCACGCUGCAGCCCCUGGGUCUUCCUCCUUGCAUGUGGAUGUAAGGGUUUGUUUUUAGCUCACCUGAAAUGGAGCAGAAGGAAGGGAGCAAACCAGGCAGCACCAGGAGCUGCCAGCAGCACUGUGACGGAUGAGAGCAAGAGGACCUGGGAGCUUCUUCCCCAGCCCUUUUGUGGCUGCUCCUUCCUGCCUUGGUCCCCAGGCCGUGCAGCCAGGGCUGCUGGAGCAUGCAGUUCCCAGAGCAAAGCUGGGGUCCCAGUGCACAGGUCUGCAAACAGCGUGGCCUGCCCCAGAGCUGCUGUUUGCUCAGAGGUGGAACUGUGGCACUAGGCAGUGUUUUUAUGUAAAUAAAUAACAGACCCUGAA